ACCAUAGCUUAUUCACGAAAAGAACAUAACAAAACUUUAUUCACUAAAAUGAAUAUAACAAAACUUUAUGCACAAAUGGAGAAACACACAAAAACUAUUUGAAUAAAGAAACCUAACCAAACAUUAGCAUCACUAUAAUGAGAACACAAAUACCAUCAUGUCUCCUAUUCAAGACAGUAAACCAAUUGUGUAUGUAUGUGCAAUGAUCAAUCACACUUUCCAAAAUCGACAUACUGAAUCUUCUAUUUCACCGAAUCGGCAUCACUAGUUGUGGUGCUAUUAAUGCUUUUUUUUAAUAGAUAUAUAUUAAUCAAACCCAAAAACGGGCAUCCAAUGUCAAUAUAACUCAACCAAAAUGGUCUAGAAAAACAUGUUUACAAGCUAGCUUCGCAUCAACCACCCGUCCGGUGUGUUCUUCUAGCUUGCUCGAAAUGUCCUAGACUACUAAGUAUCGUUCUCAACCAAAAUGGUGCUAUUAGUGCUACUCUAGGUUUAAUGGGAGGGAGUAGCUUUGAAAAUUUCAAAUAAAGUAGCUAAAUCCUACACAAUAAUUCUAUAUUUCAAAAAUGUGGUUUUUGCUAAAUUUGAAAAUAGGAAAACAACAAGAGUCAUCGUACUAUCCCAUUCCCAAGAAAAUCUCCACUGUUAAAAACCUUCGUUACCGAGGUUACACUUAGAAAGACACAUGAGAAUAAUUCAACUGUAUAAGAAUUCACAUUAUCAUUCUAGACAAUACGCCUUCAUUACAAUAUAUGGGCCGACGAUCUUAAUAUCGUAAGCCCAUUAAGAAUUAAUAGAAAAUAUAUUAUCUGUCAAAUCCAUUUUUCGAAUAAUAUCUUCCGUAACGUGUUCGCCUCGUCGACAAACUCUUUCCCCGGCGAGGGUUACUGGCGGCGAUGGAGAUCCUGAGGUCAAAAUGGGUAGCCAUGGCGGCUAGCAUCUGGAUACAGUGCACAAGCGGCGGUUCCUACACAUUCGGAAUCUACUCCGCCGUUCUAAAAUCGACCCAAUCCUACGAUCAAUCCACCCUCGACACCGUCUCCGUCUUCAAAGACAUCGGAGCUAACGCCGGAGUUUUCUCCGGGCUUCUGUACACAUACGUCACCUCCAAUCGCCGCCGCGGACGCGGAGGAGACAGCGGAGGUCCUUGGGUGGUGCUUGCUAUCGGAGCGAUUCAGUGCUUCGCCGGUUACUUUCUCAUGUGGGCUUCCGUCACCGGAAUCAUCAGGAAGCCCCCUGUGGCUCUCAUGUGCCUCUUUAUGUUCAUAGCGGCGCAGUCGCAGACUUUCUUUAAUACCGCUAACGUUGUGAGUGCUGUGGAGAAUGUCGCUGACUAUGGUGGUACUGCCGUUGGCAUCAUGAAGGGUUUUCUUGGUCUGAGUGGAGCGAUACUGAUUCAACUGUACGAGACUCUGUGUGGCGGAGAUCCGGCGAGCUUCAUUCUUUUGCUAGCUGUGACACCAACAGUUCUCUCCCUCUUGGCCAUGCCUUUGGUCAGGAUCUAUGAGACGAGCACAGCUGAUGAUAAAAAGCAUUUAAAUGGUCUUUCAGCUGUAUCUCUUGUCAUUGCAGCUUAUCUUAUGAUUGUGAUCAUUGUUAAGAACACUUUUGGUUUGUCAUCAGUGGCUAAUGUUGUCACUCUUGUAUGUCUCGUCCUUCUCCUUGCCUUGCCUCUACUUAUUGCGACAAGAGCACGUCGAGACCGCAUGGAGAAAACAGCGUUACCUGAUAAAUCCCCUCUUAUAACCAGUCCAAAAGCAGCAACUUCUGUGAACCAAAGCUCUGUAAGCGACAGUCAAGUAGAAGCUGGUCUGAGCGAGAACCUGAAUCUUCUGCAAGCUAUGAAAAGCCUAAGCUUCUGGUUGUUGUUUCUCGCCAUGAUCUGUGGAAUGGGGUCUGGACUUUCGACAAUAAACAACAUCCGACAAAUAGGUGAGUCUCUUCGGUACUCAUCCGUUGAGAUAAACUCACUGGUCUCCUUGUGGAGUAUAUGGAACUUUCUCGGUAGAUUUGGAGCCGGUUACGCCUCAGAUGCAAUGCUUCACAAGAAAGGAUGGCCUCGUCCAUGGCUAAUGGCUGCAACUCUUGGAACCAUGACCAUAGGCCAUCUAAUCAUAGCCUCUGGUUUUCAAGGAAACCUUUAUGUAGGUUCUGUUAUAGUUGGCGUUUGUUAUGGUUCACAGUGGUCGCUGAUGCCUACAAUCACCUCUGAACUAUUCGGAGUUCGCCACAUGGGAACCAUCUUCAACACCAUAUCCAUAGCUAGUCCCAUUGGUUCAUAUAUCUUCUCUGUAAGAUUGAUCGGUUAUAUUUAUGACAAGACUGCUUCUGGGGAAGGGAACAAAUGCUUUGGCUCUCACUGCUUCAGGCUGUCCUUUGUUAUAAUGGCGUCUGUUGCGUUUUUUGGGUUUCUUGUUGCUAUAGUAUUGUUCUUUCGAACAAAGACGCUCUAUCGACAGAUCCUUGUGAAGAGGCUGCACCGUCGAUAGGAUACUUGUGAAUAUGAUACUUUGGAAAACGAAUAUAGAGCGUAUGAUACCCAAAGGUGUACAUCUAUCACUUUACCUUAUAUUAAGUUGUCUGUAACUUAUGUUUGUAUCAAUUGUCUGUGUUUAGAGAUGGGAAGGAAGAAGGCUGAGAGAUCUCUGUCUCCCUUUUUUGUAGUUUCUUCCACAAUUUGUGAAUCUUGUUUUGUGAAGUGUACAGACAUUCCUUCCAAUAAAUGUUGAAAUUUCUCUUUAAUGGAGAACUUGGACA